AUGGAACUGUUUCUUUCAGUGGAGAGGAUCAUGAAGGAAAAGGGAGAUGGUGCUUUCCGGAAUCUCUGUGCGGAAUUCAAAAUCCCCAUGUUCACUCCUGCAGAAAAGGCCUUCCUUGGGGAAUAUGUCACAGCUAUGGCCCCUGUUGCCAAAGCGAUUAAUAUCUUACAGGGAGAAACCAAUGUGCACAUGGGCUGGCUUGUACCAACACUCAACAUCAUGGUUUCCAAACUAAAACGAGCCAAGAUAUCCAUGAAACUCUGCAAGAGCCUGGUAGAUACAAUCCUUGCAGGUGUGAACAAGCGCUUCGGGGACAUGCUCAAUGAUCCUGAGCUGAUUGCGGCUGCAAUCCUGCUUCCAAAGUUUAAAACUUAUUGGACGCCUGAUGCUGCCAUCCUCAAACUCGGUCUUGACUUCAUAAAGGGAAAUAUGGAGGAGAACUCUCAGCUUACAAGUGAUGCCACUUCAUCAGAGGAAGAGGAUUUCUUCAAGCCAUUGAAGUCAUCCCAGGCACAACAAGGCCCAGCAGUGCUUGAUGGCUAUCUGACAUGUGCUGGUGACGACAUGGGUGUCCUGAAAACGUUCCCACCUCUAUUGAAGUUGUCAUUAAGGCUCAACACUCCCCUACCUGCAUCUGCUGCUUGCAAGCAACUUUUUAGCACUGCUGGCCUCAUUUUCAGUCCAAAAAGAGCUAGAAUAAGUUCCAAGAACGUUGAGAACCAGCUUUUGUUGAAGUUGAAUAAAAAUAUUGCCCCCCUCUGA